UAUCACGCCACAAACUCUGCACGAAAUUACGCAUAUGGAGACGCUGACUGGCUUAGAUACAUGCGGCUAUGCAAGUGCUGGCUCAAAGUUUGCGACUGACUGCCUGGUUAAAAAAAAAAAAAAAAAAAAAAAAACAGCACUCUCCUUAUCUCCUGUUGCGCAAUGGGCAUCCGCCAAAGCCCAGACUCUUGCUAAAACGUGCUCUGGCCAGUACGACGAGAUUUCAAGGGUACGUACGUGCUACGCACAUGACAUACUACUAUGUGCGAAGGGCCAGGCGGCAACGCUAAGUAUCCUUGCCGUCGCACCCAGUAAAGCGCCAACUGUAAAGUGCUCAACCCUACCUCUAGGCUGGCUCUCUGCCUCUCCCCCAUUACUCUACCACUUCGCCAUACCGCCACCCCACACCACACCCGUUGCAACUGGUUUGACUGGUGCAGGGCCUCGUUUCCAUCCGACAUACAUAUCACGAACCACCUCAUUGGAACUCUACAAGUUUUAGGAAUUCAUACCAAAAUUAUUACCCCACAAUGUCGUCCUCAACCCUCCCUUCGAACGCCAGCCUCGUCAACAUUGGCACUCACUCCCUCGCCCUCUACUCCCACGGCCCAGAACGUAGCAGCUCCAAAGAUCCCG